GUGGGCCGGAGGGCCGUGGCGCUCGCGGGCUGGUCGUUGCUUGUCAGAACGGUCGCUGGCGGAGCCGGGCGAGGCUGCGGCGCUGGGUCUCCGCGGUCGGCGGGCGGAGCGAAGAUGAGCGCCCAGAGGACACAGGGCCGCAGGCGGCUCAGGUAACGGAGCCUGGGUGCGGCGGCCGCGACUGGGCUUCUUCCGGGGACUCGGGCGCUGGAUGGCGAGGAUCGAAGCGACGCUGAGCCGCGGCUCGUAGCGGCAGGACGGCUGCUCGAGCUGCAGCUGCCGGGAGAGGAUGUGCGGAGCCCGGGCAGCGCGAGGCAGUUGAGAGCCUUCGGGCCCCAGGACGCCCGGGUCAGGAGAUGAGUUAGCGAGGGCCGCCGCGGGGGCCAGUUCCGAGGGCUGCAGGCCAAGGCGACGGCGCUGCCCGCCCGCCCCUUCCGUGCCGAGGCCGCCAGCUUCUUUCCGCGCCCGCCCGCACACCCGCGCUCCCGGCCCCGGAGACCAUGAGGUUCCGCAUCUACAAACGGAAGGUGCUAAUCCUGACGCUCGUGGUGGCCGCUUGCGGCUUCGUCCUGUGGAGCAGCAAUGGGCGACAAAGGAAGAACGAGGCCCUCGCCCCGCCGCUGCUGGACGCCGAGCUCCCGCGGGGUGCGGGUCAUCUCGCCAUGUCCGUGGGCAUCCGCAGGGUCUCCAACGAGUCGGCGGCUCCUCCGGUCCCCGCGGCACCGCGGCUCGAGGUGGACAACCUGACUCUGCGGUACCGCUCCCUGGUGUACCAGCUGAACUUCGAUCAGACGCUUAAGAAUGUAGGUAACGACGGCACCUGGACCCCCGGGGAACUGGUGCUGGUGGUCCAGGUGCAUAACCGGCCCGAGUACCUCAGACUGCUGCUGGACUCCCUUCGAAAAGCCCAGGGCAUCGACGAAGUCCUGGUCAUCUUUAGCCAUGACUACUGGUCGUCAGAGAUCAACCAUCUGAUCGCUGGCGUGGACUUCUGUCCGGUUCUGCAGGUGUUCUUUCCGUUCAGCAUUCAGUUAUAUCCCAGUGAGUUUCCGGGUAGUGACCCCAGAGAUUGUCCCCGAGACCUAAAGAAGAACGCAGCUUUGAAAUUGGGGUGCAUCAAUGCCGAGUACCCGGACUCCUUUGGUCAUUACAGAGAGGCCAAAUUCUCCCAAACCAAACAUCAUUGGUGGUGGAAGCUGCAUUUUGUAUGGGAGAGAGUUAAAGUUCUUCAGGAUUAUGCUGGCCUUAUAGUUUUUCUGGAAGAGGAUCACUACUUAGCCCCAGACUUUUACCAUGUCUUCAAAAUGAUGUGGAAAUUGAAGCAACAGGAGUGCCCUGGGUGUGAUGUUCUCUCUCUAGGGACCUACACUGCCAGUCGAAGUUUCCAUGGCAUUGCUGACAAGGUAGAUGUGAAAACUUGGAAAUCCACAGAGCACAAUAUGGGUUUAGCCCUGACCCGAGAUACAUAUCAGAAACUGAUUGCGUGCACAGACACUUUCUGUACUUAUGAUGACUAUAACUGGGACUGGACUCUUCAGUAUUUGACUGUAUCUUGUCUUCCUAAAUUCUGGAAAGUCCUGGUUCCUCAAGCUCCUAGGAUUUUUCAUGCUGGAGACUGCGGUAUGCAUCACAAGAAAACAUGUAGGCCAUCCACCCAGAGUGCCCAAAUUGAGUCACUCUUAAAUAACAACAAACAGUACAUGUUUCCCAAAACUCUAGUUAUCAGUGAGAAGUUUACUACGCCAGCCAUUUCCCCACCUAGGAAAAAUGGAGGGUGGGGAGAUAUUAGGGACCAUGAACUCUGUAAAAGUUAUAGAAGACUGCAGUGAGAAAAAAUCAUAAUUACAAAAGCAAAAGUGACAGUCUUCUAUUUUUGAUAUUUGUCCCAACAAGAAGUAUAAUUGAAUAAAGGGGUAUAGGAACUGGUUUCUGCUUUACUACAUUAAAAAAUUUCUUGUAAAAGGUGUCCAAAUACAGUAAUCUUUUCCAGUUAUCUCUAAGAUUUCAAACUGAACUUUUCAUUUUGGGAGUUGGGUUUUAGAACUCAGUCUGUAUCUCCUAAAAGGUAAUGAUUAUCAUUGAUAAAAAGAAACAGGGAAAUUUUAUUUAAAUUGCAUCUGUUAAUCUUUUUAUCUGAAACUUUGUACACUUUUCCACUUUCAAAACUUAUUUUAAGUACAGCAAAAUUUAUUUAAAACUGUCAUAGCAGUAAAAAGUAUUAAAUGAAAUCAUUAGAGUAUUAAUGGAUCAAGCCCAGUUUCACUGUUGACACUGUUAUUAGGAAGGCAUUGUUUCACUGGUUUAAUAACUUGUUUGUUGAACACCCUGUCAAACAGUCAUUUUCAGUAUUAUGGAUUCCUGUACCUAUUGUGUUAAAACUUGCCUGUGCUUUGAAACCUUCAUAUAACACUCUUUCUUUUGGAAUGUAAUUUGAUUGAUAAGGAAGUUUAAACAUUGUUUUCACCUCAAUGUAGAAAUACAAUGGUUUUGAUUUUUUUUUUCCUUUUAAGUGCUACCAAAAUAAAAUACU